CGCCGCUCCCCCCCCUCCCCCUCCAGCCUCUCAGCCUCCCUCAUCCUCACCAGGACUGCAGCAGAGAGACCGCCGCACCGCAGGAGACGCGGACCGAGAUGCGAUCCGAUGCGCUGCGUCCUCUGCACGCUGCUGCUGGUCUCCGUGGGCUGAGCUCUGACGGGGUCAAGGAUCUUUUCCCAUUUGCGAUCAACCAUCUCCAUUUGAGUGCUGUCUGGCUGCUCCACAUCCAAUGGAAUUAGACAUCAAUACCUGAUCGAUACUUAGCGUUCUGGCCUGCUGAGAAAUAAGCUGCUUUGAGUCGCUGCGGUAGAGAAACACAGGCAGCUUACAUCGCUGCCGGAAUAAGUCUGAAUCGAUUUGACCUAAAAGUCUCUCGGUUCCAACAUGGAUGACGCGCAGAACAACAGGACGGCCCUGGCCAAGGGCGCCAAGGACAUCGCUAAAGAGGCAAAGAGGCACGCCGCCAAAAAUAUCGGCAAAGCUGUGGACCGCGCCUCCGACGGAUACUCGGCCAGCCGCAGCUACGACCGCUUCCAGAACGACGACGAAGGCGAGAGCGCCUACGGCCGCCGCCCGGACGACGUGGCCAGCGGCGGCGCCGUGGAGGACGAGGACGAGGACGGGGCCUCCAGCGACGCCACGGAGGGCCACGACGACGAGGACGAGAUCUACGAGGGCGAGUACCAAGGCGUGCCGGCCCGCGGCGACGGUCAGGCGGCGGCGGCGGGCCGGCCGGUGUCCGACAGCGCGAAGAGCCGCAAGGAGCUGGAGAGCGAGAGGCGGUCGGACGAGGAGGAGCUGGCCCAGCAGUACGAGCUCAUCAUGCAGGAGUGCGGCCACGGGAGGUUCCAGUGGCAGCUGUUCUUCGUCCUGGGGCUGGCGCUCAUGUCGGACGGCGUGGAGGUGUUCGUGGUGGGCUUCGUCCUCCCCAGCGCCGAGACGGACAUGUGCGUCCCCAACUCCGGCGCCGGGUGGCUUGGAAGCAUUGUGUAUCUGGGGAUGAUGUUCGGCGCCUUCUUCUGGGGCGGCCUGUCGGACCGGGUGGGACGCAAGCAGUGCCUGCUCAUCUCGCUGUCCGUCAACGGCUUCUUCGCCUUCCUGUCCUCCUUCGUCCAAGGCUACGGCAUGUUCCUCGUGUGCCGCAUGGUGUCCGGCUUCGGGAUCGGGGGGGCGGUGCCCAUCGUGUUCUCCUACUUCGCGGAGGUGCUGGCCCGGGAGAAGAGAGGAGAGCACCUGAGCUGGCUGUGCAUGUUCUGGAUGAUCGGAGGGAUCUACGCCUCCGCCAUGGCGUGGGCCAUCAUCCCGCACUACGGCUGGAGCUUCAGCAUGGGUUCGGCCUACCAGUUCCACAGCUGGCGUGUGUUCGUGGUGGUGUGCGCGCUGCCGUGCGUCUCGGCCGUGGUGGCUCUGACCUUCAUGCCCGAGAGCCCCCGCUUCUUCCUGGAGACGGGCAAACACGACGAGGCCUGGAUGGUGCUCAAGCAGAUCCACGACACCAACAUGCGAGCCCGCGGGGAGCCGGAGAGAGUCUUCACUGUCAACAGGAUCAAGGUGCCCAAGCAGCUGGACGAGCUGGUGGAGAUGCACAACGAGUCGGCCAACGCGGCGCUCAGGGUCCUCUUCAAGAUCCGGACGGAGCUCGGAGCGAUCUGGGCGACGUUCAUGAGGUGCUUCGACUCCCCGGUGAAGGAGAACACCGUGAAGCUGGCUGUGGUGUGGUUCACGCUGUCCUUCGGGUACUACGGACUCUCGGUGUGGUUCCCUGACGUCAUCAAGCACCUCCAGGCCGACGAGUACGCCUCCCGGGUGAAGAUCCACAACAACGAGCGCCUCGAGGACUUCACCUUCAACUUCACCCUGGAGAACCAGAUCCACAGGAACGGGGUCUUUUUAAAUGACAGGUUCAUCGGCAUGAAGUUCAAAGCCGUCACUUUCAUCGACUCCUCGUUCAUCAACUGCUAUUUUGAAGACGUGUCCUCCUUAGGAUCCCUCUUCAAAAACUGCACCUUUGUCGACUCCUUCUUCUACAACACGGACAUUGACGACUCCAAACUAACGAACUCCAGAGUGAUCAACAGCUCGUUCCACCACAACAAGACGGGCUGUCAGAUGACCUUUGACGACGACUACAGCGCCUACUGGGUUUACUUCGUCAACUUCCUGGGAACGCUGGCCGUGCUUCCCGGGAACAUCGUCUCGGCGCUGCUGAUGGAUAAAAUCGGGCGUCUCAGCAUGUUGGGAGGCUCCAUGGUGCUGUCGGGCAUCAGCUGCUUCUUCCUGUGGUUCGGCACCAGCGAGUCCAUGAUGAUCUUCAUGCUGUGCCUCUACAACGGCCUCAGCAUCUCCGCCUGGAACUCCCUGGACGUGGUCACCGCCGAGCUGUACCCGACGGACAGGAGGGGAACAGGCUUUGGCUUCUGCAACGCCAUGUGCAAGCUGGCGGCGGUGCUGGGCAACCUGAUCUUCGGCUCGCUGGUGGGCAUCACCAAGGCCAUCCCCAUCCUGAUGGCGUCCACCGUGCUGGUGGGCGGCGGGCUGGUGGGGCUCCGGCUGCCGGACACUCGGGCCAACGUCCUCAUGUGAGACCCGGACCCGGACGCAGCACCUUUUGUGUACCGGGUCUCCACUCAGUCUACUGAACGAAGGUUCAGAUUGGACUUUAUUAUGAUGACGAUGUCCAGUACCAGCCGAGUGAUUAUUGUUCUGUUGUAUCUGAGGGGAAAAACCCGGUAAAUCAUUUGAGAUUAACGAGAGGAGCCGCGGAUGUAGAGACUAAAACUCUGUAUAUCAGCUGCUCGCCGUCUGCUCCACAGCAACGCAUGGUCAAAGCCGCCCCGCCGCCGCCGUCCCGCCGCCGUCCCCGUCCCUCGCUCAUCAAAGGAACAGUUUCACAUUUCAUUCAGAAGCUCACACUAGCAGCCGGUUAGCUUAGCAUAACGACUGGAAGCAUGCAAAGGACUCAAGUCAUCUCACAGGUCUUUAGCUUCCGAGUCAUUUGGCGUCGUAUUCAGCAUCCGGAUUCAUGUCUUUGACCUCUGCUCCCACACCCGAGGCCAGAACUCCUCUUUCCAGCCUCCUGCUGCAACUUGCAACGAAUGACAAAGGCCAUAAUAAUGAAGUGAAAGAUCUACAACGACAUCGUGGGUCCGUCAAAACCGGCCACUCCAGCAGCUGCGUUUCUACGGCGAUCAGAAGUUUACAUUUCCUGCUUUUUACAGUGAGAGACCGGAACCCCCCCUUUUUGUCUGAAUGCUUCGUCUCGCGUCGUGUUCGUCUCGUGGCACCGCGCUCGCCGCCAAAAGGGCUUCGCUCCCCCGAUGUGUGCUCUGCCGUGAUGGCGCGUCUCCUCCGCUCUCGCUGCUACUCCGAAACUCCCAAGGCCUUUCUCCGACGUCGUGCCUCUCGCUCUCCUUCCCGACCUGUGCAGGAAGCUCCGCUGCUUUCGUCUCAUCACUUGAUACCACAGUGUGUGUGUGUGUGUGUGUGUGUUUGUGUGUAGGUGCGUGUGUGUGUGUGUUCAGAUAAAUCCUAAAAUGAUCCCAUUUGUUUUAUUUGGACAAAAAAAACACAUCUUGGACAAAAAAUCUGUUGCAUAAAUUUCGGGAAAAGGAGAAGUUUCAACAACGUCGACUAAAAGCAACAAAGUAAACUAAAUUGAAUAAUUGUGACAAAAAAGAAUUUUGGGCAAAUUCCUGCUAACUUUAGUUUGUAUGAGGGGACGCACACAGUGGUCAGCUGUGUGAAUCUUUGCUCUCUUAAAGGUCCUGACCUUGUUUGACCCGUCCACAGGUCUCUAGUGGACAUUGUUGCUUGUUGUACACGUCACACCUUUUAUUAGCGGUCUCCAGAUAUUCAAAGUCACUGGUUUACAGAAAUUUCCCCCGAAACGCGAGUCGUUUUCUUGUGUUUCUACUCGAGGGAACUAAAUGUUUUUUGGGGAAUUUGAACGACACGAUGAAGUGAAAUGAACAGCCAUGCUUAAAGGAUCAGUUCACCCAAAUCCCAAUGAAAGGUAUAGACCAGGCAGGCGGAUAGUGGGCUGAAUGUGGACCAGGGUUCAUCCUCUGGGGACCAUGAAUGUCUGUCAUUGUGUUUUUAAAUAGUUGACUUCAUAGAAACGGCGUCCUGGUUCCUCUGGGUGAACAGAGGACUACUUUCUCAUCAGAAAUGAGAUCCGGUAGAAACUCCAGAGGGCAUUCUUUAGGUUUUAUAUUUUUUCAUUUUACAAUGUUGCACCACGAACAAACGUUCACCUGCAUCGUGACGAGUUGGAGACGGAUAUCGUGGCGUCAGACCCACUCGGCUAAAUAAGAAGCUACGCUUGUUUUUGUUGUGAUUUGGGUGAACGCAGCUUUUAAAACCUGUAAUGAAAUAAACUGUUUGCUAUGAUGUUAAAAAUGCAUUAGAUCACUUAUGAAUUAUCUCAGAAAAUGUAUGAAAAUGCUCACUUCUGGGUUUGUUCAACCACAGAAAAAAAGAAAAAUAACAGUUGUUCUCAGUUAUUUGUGAUGAUGUUUGGUGUCAAAAGGCAGCAGUGAAGUUCUCUUGCCAGCUAUUCUCCUCCUUCAGGAUGACAUUUCUCUUCGGACUGGAAUGCGACCGCUUCGAUCCGGUCGCCCCGAGGCUUUGACGCCUCGCCUCCGUCACCUCCGCCUGUGCCGAGCUAACAGCAACCUCCUCCGUCAGCCACAGUCCUGCAUGUUUGUUACUGAAGUCCUUCUGCUGUGUGUGCGUUUUUUAUCCAUUUUUGGUGUCUUUUGCUCUUCCUCUGCAGGGGGGGGGGGGGUCAAAGGUGAAUGUACCACUCUCGUGUGUUGUCUGACUCGUUGUGGACAGGUGUUCAUACCCAGUUGACUUGUGGGUUGUUGUGAAAGGGCAUGCUCGUGGUGAGAUGACAUGUAUGUUGUCCUGUGACCUGUGACCUUGAUAUGAUUUAUUUUGAUAAGAAAAAGCUCUCGAGAAAGAAAUCGGUGGAUUCUUCCGGUGUGUCUACAGGCUGAAUAAAGAGUUUAAGUCGAA